GUGGCCCAGGCAGGGGGUGCGGCCCGGCCUUAGGCCUGGAAGGCGCGGCCGGGCUCGAACGGAGGCCGAGGCCCGUGUGCUGGGAUCGCCUCUGCGGGGAACCCCUUCCAGCCUCCGCUUUACCUUGUAUCGCCCGAGCCCUGGGCUCUCCUCCCCCCCCCCCCUUUUUUUUAACUUUUAAAUUUUGGAAUAAUUUUAGAUUUACAGAGGUGGGAGAGAUAGUUUCCCCUAAUGUUAUUUCCAUCACCAUGGUGUAUUUGUCAACACUAAUAAAUUAACAUUGGCAUAUACUGUUAACUAAAGGACAAGCUUUAUUCACAUUUUACUAGUUUUUUCCCACUAUAUAAAUUUUUUUUUUUUUUUUUCCUGUUCCAGGAUCCAAACCAGAAUAUCGUAUUGCAUUUCACUGGCCUUAUUUUUAAACUGGUGUUAACAGCUGGAAUCUCAUCUUUCUCGUGUCUCCAUCCCCACCUCCCCAUUCCCCAAGACAUGAGCUACUUUUUAAAAAUCCAAGAAAUAUUGACUCUUGCAACUUAGUGAGCAUUUAUUGGUAGUCGAUUGUAUGCCCGGGCACUGUUACAGGUACUGGUGAUUCAGCGCUGAAUCAUAAUCCUUUCAUAUGGGAGCUAAAUAUAGUCAGUCCCCUGAAACCCAUAGUUCUGUCUUCUGCAGUUUCCUGUUUCUGAUUUUUUAAAAUGUAAGGACAUGCCAACUUAGAAUAGUUUUUAAGUUGUUUGGAAUCUGUUUAAACUUUUCUGCCCCUUCCUGUUUACCUAAAUUUUACUAUCAACUUCCAAGUGAGAGGAUUGCCUCUUGCAUCUUUCAUUAUUGAUCAAGAUUCCCCCCCACCCCCGAAAUUUAUUACUUUAUGAGACAAAGAAAUGCUAAGUGAACAGGACUGAUGACCCUACUGUAGGAGGAGUUGCUCUUAUGCCUGUAAUUUUUAGAUGCUUUGACAGAUACAAUAAAUCCAGGGAAAAGCUUUAAAAAUCACUCUGCAUUCUCUUUUUCUCAGUUACCAUGUUUUAAGGAACUGGCAGUUGCUCAGAGAUGAUAAGCAGCCUGAAUAUAUUUUUGUAUUUCUUUGCAUAUUGUGCACCAGUUCAUGAUCAGGUGGUGCCAGCAGGAAGCUCUUCAUCCAGAGUCAUAGUACACGUGGAUCUGGAUUGCUUUUAUGCACAAGUAGAAAUGAUCUCAAAUCCGGAACUGAAGGGCAAACCUUUAGGCGUUCAACAGAAGUAUUUGGUGGUUACCUGCAACUAUGAAGCUAGGGAAUUUGGAGUAAAGAAACUUAUGAAUGUUAGAGAUGCAAAAGAAAAGUGUCCACAGCUGGUGUUAGUUAAUGGAGAAGACUAUCGUUACAGAGAGAUGUCAUAUAAGGUUACAGAGUUAUUGGAGGAAUUUAGUCCAGUUGUCGAGAGACUUGGAUUUGAUGAAAAUUUUGUGGAUCUAACAGAAGUGGUUGAGAAGAGACUACAGCAGCUUCAGAGUGAUGAACUUUCAGCACUGACUGUGUUUGGUCAUGUGUACAAUAAUCAGUCUAUAAACCUGCAUGAUGUCUUGCACAUCAGACUGCUUGUGGGAUCUCAGAUUGCAGCAGAGAUGCGGGAAGCCAUGUACAAUCAGCUGGGUCUCACUGGCUGUGCUGGAGUGGCUUCCAAUAAACUACUGGCAAAAUUAGUUUCUGGCAUCUUUAAACCAAAUCAACAAACAGUCUUAUUACCUGAAAGUUCUCAAGAUCUCAUUCAUAGUUUGAAACACAUAAAGGAAAUGCCUGGUAUUGGCUAUAAAACUACCAAACGCCUUGAAGCUCUGGGUAUCAGUAGUGUGCAUGAUCUUCAAACCUUUUCAUCCAAAAUAUUAGAAAAGGAAUUAGGACUUUCAGUUGCUCAGCGUAUCCAGCAGCUCAGUUUUGGAGAGGAUAACUCUCCUGUAACACCCUCAGGACCACCUCAGUCCUUCAGUGAAGAAGAGUCACUUAGAAAAUGUUCAUCAGAAGUUGAAGCUAAAAGUAAGAUCGAAGAAUUACUUUCUAGUCUUUUGAACAGAGUAUGCCAAGAUGGAAGGAAGCCACAUACAAUAAGAUUAAUAAUCCGUCGGUAUUCAUCUGGGAAGCACUGUAGCCGUGAGAGUCGUCAGUGCCCUAUUCCAUCCCACAUAAUUCAGAAGUUAGGGACAGGAAGUUAUGAUGCGAUGACACCAAUGGUUGAUAUACUUAUGAAACUUUUUCGCAACAUGGUGAAUGUGAAGAUGCCAUUUCACCUAACCCUUUUAAGUGUGUGCUUCUGCAACCUUAAGUCACUAAAUACUGCUAAGAAAGGGACUAUUGAUUAUUAUUUAACACCAUCACUAUCAACAACUUCACGCUCUGGCAAGCGCAGUUUUAAAAUGAAAGAUACUCAUAUGGAGGAUUUUUCCAAAGACAAAGAAACAAAUUGUGAUUUCCUACCAACUGGAAGAAUUGAAAGUACAAGAACUGGGGAGUCUCCACUAGAUACUCUAAAUUUUUCUAAAGAUAAAAACAGUGAUGAAUUUCUACCCUGCUCACUUCCUGAGGGUAUUGACCAAGAAGUCUUUAAGCAGCUUCCAGUAGAUAUUCAAGAAGAAAUCCUGUCUGGAAAAUCUAGAGAAAAAGUUCAAGGGAAAGGAAGUUUGAGUUGUCCAUUACAUGCCUCUAGAGGAGUAUUAUCUUUCUUUUCUACAAAACAAAUGCAAAAUAGUCCCUUAAGUUCUAGAGAUCAUUUAUCUAAUAGCAAACAGAUACCGUCGUUAUCUCCAUGUGAACCUGGAACCUCAGGCUUAAAUAGCAAUAGUUCCUCUUACCUGUCUAGCCAAAAGGAUUAUUCACAUUAUCUAGACAAUAGUUUAAAAGAUGAACGAAUGAGUCAAGGACCUACAGAAUCUCAAGGAUUCCACUUUUCAAAUACAAACCCCACUGUGUCUGUUUUCCAUUCAUUUCCAAAUUUGCAGAGUGAGCAGCUUUUCUCCAAAAACCUCACAUCAGAUAGCCAUAAGCAACCACCAGCAACAGCGUCUCAUCCUGAAGGACUUGCAGAAAAUAUAGAGCAAGAUUCUGCUGAGAAAAUUACCUUUCCUUCUGAUGUUGAUCCUGAAGUUUUCUAUGAACUACCAGAAGAGGUACAAAAAGAGCUGUUGGCUGAUUGGAAGAGAACAGGAUCAGAUUUCUACAUUGUACAUAAAUAAGCAUGUUCAGAAGAAAGGUCUAAAAAGCAAGGGAAAGACCAUUGUUCUCAGAUUAGCAGUUUAUUAAGCUCAUCUAAAUUAAACACUAAUAUUCAAUAAUGUCACAAUCCAAUAUAAAAUAUUCCAAAUAAAGCAAGAAUAGUUAUGGGAAGUAAAUUCUGGCACAAAGUAUAAAAAAUUCAUAAUAGAAGAAAUAAUGUAAAACAUUACCUUCCUCUUAUUUCUAAAACUAUUUUAUAAUGCUUUUCAAUAAAAAUAUAUCUUGGUCAGCAUUAGUUCAUUUUCCAUAAAUUGAGGGGAAAGGUAUACUGUAUAUGCCUACAUAUAAAAAAAUAGACUGACCAAAUCAUUACUAUGCUAUAGCAAAGAAUUUUUUUUUCUGAAAUAUGGAAUGGCUUAUGAAAUUCAGCCCAGUGAGAAGCAGCCAAAUAAGAAAUUCUGCCAACUCACCUAUUAAAAAUGUAGAUAUCUUUGAAGUGCUUUAUCAUUUAUUAAGUUAAUUUUUUAAAAAUAGCAAAGUGAUGCGAAUUCAGUUAAUGCCUCUUAUUACACCUAGAACUUACCACAAUGCGUGACACACAGAGGGCACUCAAUAACUGUUGAAUAAGUGAAUUGUGUGGCAGGGGCCAGAUGGGGAGCUGGGCAGGGGAGUGUAUAUACAUGUAGAAAACUAGAAGGAACUCUAAGCAGAAAGAUUAAGGGAAGGAUGGACACCAGAAGCGCAAGGUGGUGUGGGUCUCUAAGAAUGCAAGAUAGUUGGAAGAACAUUUCUUUCUGUCCAGUCUGUAGGGUCUAAAAGCAGUGCAUUAUAUGUUUUUGCAUCUUCUCUACAUUUUGGAGGUGAGAUUAAGAAUUUCACACCCACAGCUAAUAUGCACAGUUACUAAACUGAUGGAUGUCCUCUUUCUUACAUGUUACUGCCUUCAUCUUUUGCCUGCUAGAUUAAAAAUUGGGUAUAAGAUUGUAGACACCUUUAAUUUGUAAGAGGUAGAGGAUGUUUCUAGAACACGUCGCGGUAUCCCUUAGUACUGUUUGGAGGAGUCCUGUUUAUAACCUUUGCAGAUAUAACUUAAAGAAAAGACAAUAAAAAUAAAGUAUACAAACAUAAAGAGUAGCUUAAAAUUACUUUCUUCUAGGUAAGAAGUGUGAACUUAGUUUCAGAUUCCUUGAAAUUUGAAAAUUCCCUAACCACCAAGGAUUUUUAACAGGGAAUUUGGGGUUAUCAAAAACAACUUGUAGCAAGAACAUCAGAAGUUAUUCACCAUGCAAAUAACUAUAGAAGUUUCUAUAUGUAGUAUUCUGAUAAGGUUGUUAAACUCAAACGGAGUUUAUUAUUUUUUUAGAUAAUUUAUUUUUUAAAAAGUUCUAAUAAUCCUUAUAAUUAUCUCAGCCAGAAAUCAGUAUCUGACUUUUUAAGUUAUCUUUUAUCUUUGUCUGCUUUUAAUAAGAUAAUCUUUUUUUCUUUAGUGUUCUACAAAUGUAUAAUGUUUGGAAUUGUGAAUGUUUUUUUUUUAUUCUUGAUAUAUGCUCAUAUCCUGUAUAUUUCAUGUUAAUUUCUAAAGGAAAAAAAAAUUGUUAGCCACUGGCCCUUGGAGUAUUGUUUCCCUAUUCUAGGACUCUCGAUUGCACACACGGACUUUCUUACUCUAUCCUUCAUGUCCCUUAAUCUCUGCUGCUUUUCAUUAUCUUGUUUAUCUGCUACAUUUAGACUAAUUUCAUCAGUUCUGUCUCUUCACUGAUUUGUUUUUCAUCUGUGUCUGAUACACUAUUUGAAACACUAAUGAUGGUUUUAAUUUUAGUAAGUAUAUUUUUCACUUGAUUCUUUUUCUAAUCUUCCUGUUUAUUCCUUAUGGUCUCUUAUAAAAAAAACCUCAUAAAUAUUUUAUAUUUUAUUUCUGAUUAUUUCAGUACUAGUGUAAGUUUUCAUAAGUCUAAAUUUUCUGAUAUUGGUGUGUACCAUUUUGGCUUGUGUCCUUGAGCAUGUGGCCCAGCUUAAUCUGUGGGAGGACAGAGGACUAAACUGUGGUGCUUCCCUUCAGGUAUGAUUUGCAUUUGCUGCAGUGAGGCAACAACAAUCCACAGGCACCACUUGAACCCCUCCUAGGUCCUGGCAGUGGAGUCAUCUUUGAGCUGCCUGACCUUGCUACUGCCCUAAGGUUUUCUCUCCAGAGGUCAUUUGCAGGCCACUUGCCUUUAGAAUAAACUCUACCUUCCAAGCUUCUUGCCUCAUGCUUCCUGCUCCUUUCCUGGUUAGAGAUUUAUAUAGUAAAACCAAUCAAUGAAUUAUGAGAUCUAUUUUGUAUUAAGCAUAUCUCUUCCACCAUGGUGUGGAAGUACAAGUCUAUUUGAAUUUAGUUUUUCCAUGUUAUCUUUUACUACCAAUUGUUCCCUGUUCUGUGCUGCUUUCCCACCCUCAUCCCCUUUCCUUCUUUUCAGAUUGGUUGGGUUUUCUACUCAUCAUGUUUUACCUCUACUGAUGUGAAAUUUAAACAGUCUAAGCACUUUGGAUUACCUUUAAAAAUUUAACAUCUAAAAAUGGCAAAUACCUGUACCCUCUCUGCAAAUACGAGGAUGUUCAAAUAUAUUAAUUCUAAUCAAAUUCCUCUAGUUCUUUAUGUAGCCCUCAAAUUGGAUAGUAUUCGUAUGUUAUAUAGUAAUUAAGUUUGCUCACGUUAUUUAUUUAUUUAGGCUCACCUUUUUUCUUACAUCUCAGACAUUUCAAAGUAGAAUUGUUUUUACUUUCUGAAAUGUCUUUAGAACUGUGGACUUCUCUUUGGCUGUUUUAAAAUACUUUUAUCUUUGGAGCUAUGCAGUUUUUACUCUGCUACAGAUUUCUUUUUAUCAUGUUUUUAACACAUAGCUCAUUGAUGCUCUGUUCAUUUCUUUUUCAGUCUUCUCUCUCUUUCUCUUUGGAUAGUUUUUAUUGCUCUGUCUUCAGGUUCACUAAUUUUUCUUCCAUAGUGUAUCAUCUGUUAUUUCUUUUCACUAGUUUUCGUUAUAGACAUUUUAUUUCUCUGGAUACCUGAAUUGGGUUAUUUUUGUAUCUUUUAUAUCUCUACUUAAUAUGCUCAGUUUUUCUUUAUCCUCUUGAACAUAUGAAAUAUUAGUAAUUGUUUUAAGGUCUUUUUCUAUAGCUCAUUUCUGUGUGUAUUUCUAUUGAUUUGUUUUUAUUAUGGGUCAUAUUUUUCUGCUCUAUGCAUGCUUCGUAAUUUUUAAAAUUGUAUUGCAGACAUUGUGAAUUUUAACUUGUUAGAUAAUCGUUUCUGUUUUAUAAGUAUUUGUGAGUUGUGCUUUAAAAGGUUACUUUAUUACAUGUGACCAAAGCAGCAUUUAGUCUAGGAACAAUAUUACCCUACUACUGAGACAAAAUCCUGAAGACACAUGCCCUGUGAUUUGUGAGUUGUUUUUUUUUUUACUCUGGUUGGUCAUAGCGUGAAAUAUUUCUGGUCCUGUGUGGUCUCAGGAGAUUUUUUUCCCUUUGCACCUUUCAAGUGGUUCCUUCCCACACUUGGGUAAUUUCUUGUACUAAUCAGUACUCCGCUGAAGACUCGAGGGUUAUUCUUUGCAGCUCUCUGGGCAGCCUCUCUCCUCCAGUAUUCUGCCCUAUGAACUCUGGCCACUUUGGUGUCUCCAGACUCUCAGCUCUUGUCUGCUCAAUUCACAGACUGCUAGGUUCUCUCUGGCUCUCUCCACCCAGUACUGCACCCUGGAAACUCUUCAAAUGAGUGAACUAAGGAAU